UUCUUCACUUUCAUCGCCGCCGUCUGCUUCGGGCUGCCGUCACUGCUGCUGUCUGCGCCUCCGGUGUCUCUGCCCGGAUUAUUCGCGGCAGGCUUCUUAGCGCUUGGUACUACUGAAAAAGACGACAAAAUGGCUCAGACAAACCCUAUGCCCAUGGGCCCUUGGAAGAUCACUGUGUACGAUCAGGAGUACUUCCAGGGAAGGCGUAUGGAGUUCACUGCCUGCUGCCAGAACAUCAUGGAGUGCGGGAUGGAGAACAUCCGCUCCCUGAAGGUCGAGUGUGGCGCCUGGGUGGGCUACGAGCACUCCAGCUUCUGCGGCCAGCAGUUCGUCCUGGAGAAGGGAGACUACCCCCGCUUUGAGGCCUACAGUGGCAGCAACUCCUACCGCAUUGAGAGGAUGAUCUCCUUCAGGCCCAUCUGCUGUGCUAGCCACAAGGAGUCCCGCAUGACCAUCUACGAGAUGGAGAACAUGAUGGGUCGUCAGUUCGAGCUGUGCGAUGACUACCCCUCUCUGCAGGCCAUGGGCUGGAUGAACAAUGAGGUUGGAUCCAUGCACAUUCAGAGCGGAGCCUUUGUGUGCUACCAGUACCCAGGAUACCGUGGCCACCAGUACAUCAUGGAGUGCGACUGUCGCGGAGGAGAGUACAAGUGUUACCGUGAGUUUGGCUCCCACUCCCAGACUCCCCAGAUUCAGUCCAUCAGGAGGAUCCAGCACUAA